AUGCCGUCCGCUCCGAGACCACGGCCCCGAAAACUCGGCACCAGUGCUGACGACAAGGGGGUCCGAAUCUCGAAUCCUUCCGGCCACCAUUCAACGUCCUCCCACUCCGACCCAGUCACAACGGAAAAUCCUAAUCUUCAACGACAAACCCUCACGCUCUCACCUCGUUCAUCAACCACUCCCAGACGUCCACGCCUACCCAUCCGCCCGCCGUCCGAACGCGGUUCCGCCAAAAUGCCCCCAAAAACCCCCAAGCCAAACGGCACCUUCACCUACUGCGUCGGCUCCAACCCGCCCUUCACCCCCGAAGAAUACGCAAGCGACCCGACCCGCCGCCAGCGCGCCCUCGACCACCUGGCCAAGAACGACCUCCACGCCGCCGCCGUCGUCACCUUCAACCUCCCCGAGCGCGACACCUACGUCUACCACGCCAUGACGGCCGUCCGCCUCGCCGAGGUCCAGCGCGUCGUCAGCAUGGGCGGCGUCAACGGGUUGCACGCGUGGUAUCGCGACGAGGAGGGGAAGCCGCUCGACCCCCCACCCCAAGCAGACAUCCAAUCCUACAUCCAAAUCUUCUCCCCAAAAACCUCGACCCCGCAAGCCCUAAAAUCCCACCUCGCAAACGCCAAAAAGUCCUCCCUCCGCGCCCUCUCCGCCUCCCACCUCCUCGCCCACCGCUACAUCCACCCGUCCCUCCCGCACCUCAACGCCAUCCCCAAGUGCAAAAACCCAACCGCGUCCCUCCCCCCAAACCCCUCCCUCGACUUCUGGUCCUGGUCCGCCCUCUCCCUCCAAUACCUCGGCCCCCUCCCCAACCUCCCCCUCCGAUCCCACCACGCCCUCCCGAUCCAAAUGCACCACUUCGGCUGCGCCACGCCCUCCCACGAAGCCCUCUCCGUCCUCCGCCUCCUCGCCGGCCCCCGGCCCAUAGCGGACAUCGGUUCCGGAAACGGCUACUGGACGCACAUGCUCCGCCUCUACGGCCUCACAGUCCACCCCGUCGACAACCUCCAGUCGGCGUGGCGCACGAACUGGGUCGCCGACACCAUCCCCUCCGACGGCGUCUCGUUCCUCGAGUCCCGCGCGGGGGGGAGGGACAUGGUGAUGCUGCUGGUCUACCCCGUCGUGGGCGGCUCCGUGGCGGGCGGCGCGGAGGGGAGCUUCACGCGCGGGCUGGUGGAGGCCUACGAGGGCGACACCAUCGCCGUCGUGGGCACGCAGAACGGGAACGGGUAUACCGGCUUCCGGGGGAUGACGAUGGCGGAGUACAUGGAGAGAGAACAGCCCGAGUGGGUGAGGGUCGUGCAGAUCCCGCUGCCGAGUUUCGCGGGGAAAGACGAGGCGUUGUUUGUUUUUCAGAGGGGGGAGAGGGCGCCGCCUAGGGACGAGGCUUUGGGGAAAGAGGACGAGGGGGUCAAGGAUGCGUAG